AUGGGAAAAGAAGUAGACAAAACAAUAUGUAGACCAGAUGCGCUGUUAAUCACCUGGAAAGCCAUGUAUACUGCUCUGAAAACGUUGCAGCCCGCUAAGGAUCUGUUGCACCUCCGCCUUCUCGGGCUGAUGAGGAAAAGGGCUCAUGUGGGAUUUUAUGUAACAGUGUUAGAAAACGUAAGGAUGCUUUCGGCCCCGGAUCUGUUGAUCCGGAGGGCAAGUCGGAUCUAUACCCCUCCACACACCCCCCGUUCUCCCCCUCUCCCUUCCUCUGAUCCCCAUGCGGUUUUUACGGAUGCAGCUCCCGCUGCUCGAAACCUUCCAGAAUUACAAAGACGUAAAUCAAUGAGGGGUCAGUGUUGUUUGGAGAACGCGGUAGUUCCUUCUGCACCGCCCUAUGAAACAGUUGAGAAAACUGAGGGACCUCUCAUUGAUUUGGAAACUCAGAUAAAUGAACCUAAGGCGUUUCCAAUUAGCAGUCAGAUGUUUGAUCAGUGUCGUCGGGAUGCUUUAAAGAAUGGUUCGGGAAUCGGCGAGAAUGAACUGUUAGGACAGAACGCGAAAGCUUCCCCCCAGACUCAAGCGGAGAUGCCACGAGCAGCGUUUCAGCAGGCUGCGGACCUGGCGUUAAAAGCUUUACGUAAAGUACCCGAAGCAGGGCGGCGAAAAUCGUCUUUUGCCGCUAUUAGACAGGGGCCGCAGGAGCCCCGUUUCUUUUAUAGAUCGGCUUCAAACAGCUAUUUCAGGGAAGGUGUUAGCUGUGAUGCCUGUUUAAAAGGAAAUUUUCGAGGUCGCAGAUACAAGUGUUUAAUUUGCUACGAUUAUGACUUGUGUGCAACUUGUUAUGAAAGUGGUGCAACAACAACAAGGCAUACAACUGACCAUCCAAUGCAGUGCAUACUAACAAGAGUAGAUUUUGAUUUGUAUUAUGGUGGAGAAGCUUUCUCUGUAGAGCAGCCGCAGUCCUUUACUUGUCCUUAUUGUGGAAAGAUGGGUUAUACAGAAACAACUCUUCAAGAACAUGUUGCUUCUGAACAUGCAGAAACAUCAACAGAGGUGAUUUGUCCAAUAUGUGCAGCAUUACCUGGAGGGGAUCCUAAUCAUGUCACAGAUGAUUUUGCAGCUCAUCUUACACUGGAACACAGAGCUCCUAGAGAUUUAGAUGAGUCUAGCGGCGUUCGGCACGUACGUAGAAUGUUUCACCCAGGCCGGGGUUUGGGAGGCCCCCGUGCACGUAGAUCAAACAUGCACUUUACUAGCAGUUCCACUGGUGGGCUCUCAACUUCUCAGAGUUCAUACUCUCCAAGCAAUAGAGAAACCAUGGAUCCUAUAGCUGAGCUUUUAUCUCAGUUAUCAGGCGUGAGACGUUCUGCAGGGCAGCUCAAUUCUUCUGGCCCUUCUGCUUCUCAGUUACAGCAGCUGCAGAUGCAACUGCAGUUGGAAAGACAACAUGCACAGGCAGCAAGACAACAGCUGGAGACUGCACGCAAUGCAACUAGACGCACUAACACAAGCAGCAUCCCCACUACUCUUACACAAUCUAUAGCAGCAACCAAUACAUCUAACACAGAAAGCAAUCAGUCAACUAUACAGAAUUCCCAGUUUCUUCUUAUGAGAUUGAAUGAUCCUAAGAUGUCAGAAGCAGAGCGUCAGUCAAAGGAAAGUGAACGGGCAGACCGCAGCUUGUUUGUUCAAGAGCUUCUACUGUCCACUUUGAUGCAGGAAGAAAGUUCCUCCUCAGAUGAGGAUGAACGGGGAGAGAUUGCUGAUUUUGGUGCUAUGGGCUGUGUAGAUAUUAUGCCUCUAGAUGUUGCUUUAGAAAACCUAAAUUUAAAAGAGAGUAAUACAAGAAAUGAGCCUCCUCUUUGAUGGCAUCCCACUUAGCAGACAAUGUCCUCUGUGCUGUAUUUGCCAAUGAAAGUGGACAAUAACUAUCUUGGGUUUGUUUUGGUGAUUGUAAUUUCAGGUUUGUCACUCUUGUUACAUUGUGUACAUUCACAGGAAAAGAGAAAAGAUAUAUACAAUAAUCAUUUCCACUUAACCAGUUUUUACUUUUAGCAGGUAAUAUAGGUUGCAGUGAGGAGAAAAAAGCUCUGCGUCCUGUAGCUUGACAUGCAAAAAACUCUCCUGAUACUCCACAUUCAAACUGAAGAGUAAAAAAUGAAAAAUCUCUAAUGAAGCUGCUGUGUGUAUUUAUGAAUAUUAAUGAAUAAAAAUUGCUUGGAUGGUUUACCUUAA